AGCACCGCUAACGGCUAACCAACAGGAGGAGAGCUAGUAACCUUUAGUUACCUUUUUGUAGCGUGAUGAUAAACCUACUUCCUGAAAGCAUCUUAGACUUGUUUGUACUCGGGGUUUCCCCCCCAGGUCAUCGUCUAGCAGGGGCGCUGUGUGACUGAGUGAGUCGUCACAGGUUUCACACCUCGAGGUUCAUGUAUUCAUACCAUGUUUCUCUGUCUGCUGCUCUUCCUAAGGCUUCACUCCUCCUGUUUCCUCCUCCAGGCAUUUGGCUCCUCCUCCCUUUCUUCACCUCCCUCGUCUCCAGUCUGGCCGUCACAAAGUCCUCGUCACACACAGAACCCGAGAGUCAACCUGUUCUGCAUGCUGCCACUCUUCCUCACCCUCCUCCUCAUCCUCAGCCCGACACCAAACAUCCUGCACACGAGGAUCCAGCCGUGGUGUCUGCUGCUUCAGAAGCUAAGAUGACACAUCUUUUGGAGGAGCAGCAGCUGAAGCAGGAGCACCUCCUCUCUCAGGUGAAGGAGAGGCUCCGGCUGGAGGUGCAGGAUGUGAAAGCCCAGCUCGAGGCGGCGGCGGCGGUGGACUCUGACGACCGGCUGCGUCUACAGCAGGAGGUCUCUGGUCUGGUUGAGCGGAUGUUGUCUUACCAGACGGACAGCCGGUCCGCUGCUGCCGGCCUCCGCCUCAGGAUCCAGGCUUUGGAGGCCCAGAAUGCAAAGCUGUCCCAGGAGUGGUCGUCCAUCCAGCUGAGGCCUCCUCCUGCACCCUGUCCCGACACCAGCAGCCCCCCCGUCCAAAACCACCUGACCCCGGAGCUCCAGCAGGCCAUGGAGAAGUGGCUCACGGACCGCCUCAAGAAGCAGGACGACAGAGGAAGCUGCUCAGACUGUGGACGACCGAUGGCUGACAAAAUGGCCGACUUUGCACUGGAGACUCAAGGUGCCAGUGUGAUCAGUACCAGGUGUUCAGAGACGUAUCGUAUUCGUUCAGCGUGUGUGACUCUGUUUGGAAUCCCUCUCUGGUAUCCGACUGAAAGCCCUCGCACUGUUAUUCAGGUAAAGUGAAGUCAAAGCUUCUUCUGUUAAAGCUGCAUUCUCUCUAGUGUCCACCAGGGGGCG